AUCUAGCUCUAUUUUAAUAUGCUUGUGCCUGAAGUUUCAUGUGUCAGACCACAAAACCAAGACAACAGAAUCUCUCUUAGAAGAGAAGAUAAAGUGAGAGUUAUUUAUAUUUUGAAAUGGAGAGCUACUGAAUAAACCAGCUGCGGUUUUUGCCGUGGAUGGUGCUUCUGUUUUGUAUGGAUAUGAAGGCAGAUUCAAUCCCGGGGACAAAACUUAGGAAUGAAUCAUUUUGUAUUCUUCACACAACAAGACAACUCCAGUGUAUACAAACACAAACUGUUGUUGCAAAACGAACAACACAGAAACAACAGCAACAUUCCACAGAAAUGGCUGCUUUUACCACUUCUCAGACUCAUAGCUAUUACCCACUGAUGCGUUUUUUUAUUUCUUUCCUACUUGUUUUUGCUUCUUCUUUUGGUUCCGUCUUGUCUCUACAAGUCAUGUCAGAUUCCGGUAAUGUGCUACCGGCAAACCAAACUUUCAGGCCAGGAAAAGAGAUGUGGAAACUCAAAAGAGUUAAUGCUUUUCUUAAGAAGAUCAACAAGCCUGCAGUCAAGACAAUUCAAAGCCCUGAUGGUGACAUAAUAGAUUGUGUUUUAUCUCAUCUUCAACCUGCAUUCGACCAUCCAGAGCUCAAAGGACAAAAACCAUUGGAUCCACCAGAGAGGCCAAGAGGCAACGAGACCACAGAGACAGAAACAAAGAACUAUCAGGUGUGGACAGAUUCAGGUGAGUCGUGCCCAGAAGGAAGUGUUCCAAUCAGGAGAACCACAGAAAAGGACGUUCUCAGAGCAAGUUAUAUGAGAAGAUUUGGAAGAAAAUUAAGAAGGCAUGUAAGAAGAGACUCAACAGGCAACGGUCAUGAGCAUGCAGUCCUAUUUGUCAAUGGAGAACAAUAUUAUGGAGCAAAGGCUAAUAUAAAUGUGUGGGCUCCUCGUGUUACCGAUCAAUAUGAGUUCAGCUUGUCACAAAUUUGGGUCAUCUCUGGUUCUUUUGGCAAAGAUCUAAACACCAUAGAAGCUGGUUGGCAGGUUAGUCCUGAGUUAUAUGGAGACAACUAUCCAAGAUUUUUCACUUAUUGGACAACUGAUGCAUACCGAACUACUGGAUGCUACAACUUAUUAUGUUCUGGGUUUGUCCAAACCAACAACAAGAUUGCUAUUGGUUCUGCAAUAUCUCCAAGGUCCUCUUACAAUGGCAGACAAUUUGAUAUUGGCCUAAUGAUUUGGAAGGACCCAAAGCAUGGAAACUGGUGGCUAGAAUUUGGGUCAGGACUACUAGUAGGAUACUGGCCAGCUUUCUUGUUCAGUCAUUUAAGAAGCCAUGCAAGCAUGAUACAAUUUGGAGGAGAAAUAGUGAAUUUUAGAUCCUCAGGGUACCACACGUCUACCCAAAUGGGCAGUGGUCAUUUUGCAGAAGAAGGAUAUGGAAAAGCAUCCUAUUUUAGGAAUUUACAAGUUGUUGAUUGGGACAAUAAUCUUCUGCCCCUAACAAAUCUUCAUCUCUUGGCUGAUCAUUCAAAUUGCUACGAUAUAAGGCAAGGAAGAAGCAAUGCCUGGGGGACUUACUUCUAUUAUGGAGGUCCUGGAAGAAAUGUAAGGUGUCCAUGAAGAUAUUAGUAAUUUAGUAUAGCAUUGGAAGUAAAAUAUUAAUUUUGUGAAUUUUUUUGAAAGUUUUUUUAUUUUUUUCCUUUCUAGGCCUUAGAAUGGUUUGGGCUAUUUUUGCAUUUUUUUUACUAAUAUGCCCAUAAUUCGAUUUUUUUUUCUCUUUUUCUUUUUGCCCUCUGACAGGGUAAUCUUCUCUUUAACCCACUAUCUGAGAUUAUGUAAAUUUGGGGAAAUACAGAUUGCUAAUAACAAUGAAUUGAGUGUCCGUUGUCUC